AUGUCCAAUCUUAAGCAUCAAUUCAAAAUUCUAAGCAUAAUUGGGGAGAACUUCAUAACCUGGAACAACAAUUUAAUAGAGUACCUUUCAUGUGAGGGACUUAACAAAAUCCUUGAAGGAGACAAUUCUGGAAAAACAACAGAUGACCCAGAAGAAAUGGAAAAGAAAAAGUCAAAAGUGAACAGAAUAAUAAAGCACCAUCUUGACGAUGGAUUACAAACAGAAUACUCAAAUGCUAAAGAUCCCAAGAUUUUAUGGGACAAAAUUAAAGCAAGAUUUGGACAUCAGAAGAAAGUCCUGUUACCCUCAUUAAUGGAUCAGGGGAACAAGUUACGGUUCCAAGAUUACAAAACUGUCAUUACAUAUAAUUCUGCUAUGCACCAGAUUAUAGCAAAGCUAGAAUUUUGUGGCAAAACUAUAACUGAAAAAGAAAAGUUGGAAAAAACUUUUUCAACUUUCCAUGCAUCUCAGGCACGACCCACAGGAACACUGCCAUAUCCUGAAACUAAUGCCACGACCUUUAAUCGUGGGCGUGGUGGCUUUAAUCGUCUUAAGAGACGUGGUGGUCAUGUUCGUUUUGAUGGUAAUAAUGGUCAUGCUCGUUUUGAUGGUCACAAUCAAUGA